AUGGGCAUCGCCGAGAGCCGCGAGGGCCGAAGGGCGUCCCUCGGGAUGGACCAGGAGGAGCGGGUCCGGGUGCUGCAGGGCAUCCGGCUGUCUGAAAAUGUGGUCAACCGCAUGAAAGAUCCCGGCCAGCCUUCCAGAGUGGGGCCGCUGACCCCUGCAGCUGCUGCCCUUGUCUCCUCUGAAGGCCGGGAGAAAGAGUCUAAAUCACCCAGGCCGGAGAGUGGCGGUGGCCGGCGGCCCUCGGGGGCGGAGGUGGAUGUCCUCGAGAGGUGUGACAGGGGGCAGGCUGUGGUCCAGGACAAGCUGCUCCAGGUGGCGACGAGGGAUACAGAGGUGGCUGCCAAGCCCCGGAGCGCGUCCCUGCGGCAGGGGGAGGGCGGCAUGGACCCGGAGACACAUUGGUCCGCCCAGCUGGCCGGGGAGCUGGAGAGCCGAGAGGCAGAGCUGAGACGCCGUGACGCCUUAUACAAGGAGCAGCUUGGGCGCCUGGAGAGGCAGAAUGUCGAGACGUACAGACUGUCUUCACAGCAGUUCCACAAGGCAGCCUCGAAGAUGGAGGGUGCGAUCCAGCCCCGCAGGGUGGAGCCCGUGUGCUCGGGGCUGCAGGCCCAGAUCCUGCGCUGCUACCGUGAGCACCUGCAGGAGGUGCUGCUGUGUGCGGACCUGGCCAAGGCCUACCAGCACUGCGUCGGCUCAGCACAUAAGACAAAUAAAGCAGGCGUCCUUGUCUUCAGUCGUGUCUGGGCUGCCAGGCGGGCCCGCUGCCGCCUCCGUGCCCGGAGCGCGGCCCCAGUUCUCUGGAGCCCAAGCCCUCUGGAGCCGAGAGCCGGCAGUCCUGAUGCCGGCUUUGCAGCCCCGGCGCAUCCCCCAGUUCUCACGUGUGGAGCUGGAGGUCUGCGGGGCUUGUCGGUGUCCAGGGGGCUGGGCAAGCUGCCCCCGCAGCCGUGUCAGCCCAGCUGCAUGUUGGCCAAGGAGAUGCCCACCCAGAGCCUUCAGAGGCACUUCUCCCGGGGUCGUGUGACAGGCGGCCCAUGGUCAGUGCUCAGCAAGUGUGAGAGCCGGGGGCCCGCCACCCAGAACCCUCAGGCCACCUGCCGGCGUCCGGCCUUUGACCCGACUCCGCUCCCUCUGGGAAGUCGCUGUGUUCAGGAGCCACCUGGCCAGAGUCACACUCGAGGGCCAGAGCUGCAUCCAGCGACUGCCUGGGGGGGCGGCGCAAAGGCCGGGCUGCCGCGCCACGUCCCAGAGCAGCCCAGCUGUGCCUCCGCCCUCUGCUCCCUCCCCUUAUGGGCAGGUGCCGACCCCAAGGUCAGUCCCUCAUGGAAGUCCUGCAGGCUCCUCUCUGCCCGGGAGGCCCAAGGAGCUGACCCUGCCGUCCUCACCAUGUCCUGGGUGCUGGGAAGCAACGUCGACACCUGGUCGCUGCACCAGGCCUUGGUGCAGCAGGAGAGCCGAACUCGGACGUCAGUUGGCGAGGCCCUCGGGAGAGGCCCGGGCAGUGGCCGGAGGGGGCUCCCCUGGGGAGCUGGGCCCCACUGGGUUUAUCGUAGUGUCAGUGACAUCGGCAACACGCUGGAAAUAACCAGGUGCCUAGCAGCAGAGGACGUGUUAAAUGAAACAUGCUCCGCCCACCAGCUCUGUGGCCACUGA